AAAUCGCCGCCAGGUUGUCCCUCCAUAGGGAUUCCAUCGCUGACAGCCAUGGCUACUAGUACUAAUAUGAUGGCAUUCCGAGACUACAUGACGUCUUUCCGUCUUGGCUGGAUAGGAGGAAGGAGCCUCUGUCCUCCAAACCCCGGCUUCGGGGCUCUGUCUUGGAGUCUCUUCUCUAGCCAUUCCCUCGCUGGUGUAGGGCGAAGCAACGAGAGAGCAUUUUGCCAGUGAAACCCCACAAGAGUCGACAUCGCUAUUACGUUCUCCCCCUUCGCUUCAUUUCCGAUUCUCGGCUCGUUUCUUCGAACAGGACGCUCCAUUCAUCCCAACGUUCAGGAUUCUGCACUACCGCGUCAGUUCUCAACGCGUACAAUCAACCUCCCCCAGAAAUCCGCACAUUCUCCGCUUAGUCAGGUCGGGAAAAUGCGCGCUGGACCUAAUAAUCGCUUUUCGCCGGCUUCACUCGAUAAAUUUUGAGUAGUUCCACGCGAAAUACCCUGGAAAUGGCGAGCGCCGAGCGCCGUAACCACGCCACCCUUUACCUGUGGCUCGUCUUGCUGCUGUCGCUGAUUGUACCGCGGAAUACAGCAUCUGCUCAAGCUGUCAACGAAACCGACUGGACGACCCUCCUUCGCAUCCGCAACGACCUCAAAUUCACCAACCCUGGCCGCAGCCCCAAGGCGAACUGGAAGAGCUUAUUGCGAGAUGUCAUUCCGUCCCAUGUGUGGAAGACCCUCCUUCGCAUCCGCAACGACCUCAACUUCACCAACCCUGGCCGCAGUCCCAAGGCGUACUGGAAGAGCGGGAGGAACUGCGAGGAGCUCUUCGGCGUGAUAUGCGAUGACCUUGGAUACGUGGUUGCGCUCACUCUGUAUGGGGUCAACGGCUCUCUUCCCAACGCCAUUGGCGAACUGCCCUCCCUCGCCUUCCUGUCUGCUGGCAACAAUGUUACUUCCGUCCCUUCCACCCUCUCGCUACUCAGCGCCACACUCACCUCCCUCUAUCUGAGCAACAACCAGAUCUCGGGGACAUUCCCUCGCGGAAUCACAUCGCUGACAGCACUGCAGCAGCUCAACAUAGCACAGAACAGGCUCACCGGCAGCAUACCUGUCGGCAUCUCCCGCCUCUCAUGCCUCACCUUUCUCCGAAUGGAUGGUAACCGCUUGGAGGGCCCAAUCCCUUCGCAGAUUUCAACCAUGGCUGCUCUCUCUUACCUCUCAUUACGGAACAAUCAGCUCUCAGGGUCUAUUCCAGCCUCAAUCUCUCGCGUGCAGGCCCUGCAACUCAUUGACCUCCGCAACAACUCUCUCACCGGCUCAAUCCCAUCCGAGAUCGGAUCACUCUCCAAGCUCAUUUGGUUGUACCUGAGCAACAAUAAAGUGUCAGGGUCUCUGCCAUCCACCAUGGGCAAACUCACGCGCCUCAGAUACUGUUUUGCGGAUAGCAAUUCCCUCACAGGCUCUAUCCCGGGCGCCGUCUCCAGUCUCAUCUCCCUCAGCUACCUCUCUGCCAGCGGCAACCAGCUCUCAGGCUCCCUCCCUGCAGGCAUCACCGCCCUAUCCAAGCUCGGAUUCCUGCAGCUGGACCACAAUGCUCUCUCCGGCUCCCUGCCAGAGAAGAUGACUUCGCUCAACAACAUGGUGUACCUCGACCUCUCUUACAACGCUCUCUCUGGCACGCUGCCUUCUUUCUGCAGCCAUGCCAUGGGCAAUCUCCACACCGUCGACCUAUCUGACAAUGCAUUCAUGGGGACGCUGCCUGCUGGCCUUGCAAACUGCACCACCCUCAUCAGCCUCGAUCUCAGCAACAACGCACUGAGUGGCAGAGUGGAUGGCAGUCUCACCAACCUCUCCUCCAUCUCCUCGCUUAACUUAUCUCGCAACUUCUUCAGUGGAGCACUCCCCUCGCUCCCCUCCAUCGACCAGAUUAUCUCGCUAGACCUCUCCCACAACUACUUCUACGGGCCCGGCCACAUAACAGACAACCAAGGCCGCCCGCUCUGCCAGUCCGCCGCCCAGAACCUCUUCCUGGCCGGCAACUGCGUGGUUUUCAACGCGUCUUUCGCCCCCCUGUGCUCGUCGGAGGUGCAGAGGGAUUCAAGUGGGUGCAAGGUGUUCUGCUCAACAAAUAUGAGUCUGUCUGGACAGCCGCGGGAGAACGCCCAGUGUGGGGGGCUAGGGACGUGUGAAGCUGUGGUUGCAAACGCUGCCCCUGGUGGGAAACUGAGCGGCAGCAGUGGGAGCAGCAGCAGCAGCAGCAGCAGCAGCAGCAAAAGCAGUAGCAAGGGUGGUGGUAACAAGAGUAGCAGCAAGGGUGGGAAACAGAGCAGCAGCGCAGCAGCAGCAGUGGAUGGGGGUAGAGUGAACUUUGCGUGCAACUGUAUGACGGAUAUUGCCGUGCCCACUGCAAACGGCAUGUCCUGCACUCUCAUCAGUAAGUGCUGCUAAUUCUGACAUGCUAGCUGAAUCCCCCUACUAGCCCCCCCCUCGCUCCAACCCUUGCUCUUGAAUCACUCACUCUUUCUUCUCAACCUCCCACACCACCACCAUCACCUCCCCCUCCUCCCCAGCUUCACCUUCCCCCCAGCCCGCCUUCCCCUUCUCCCCCUGCCCAAUCUCCUUCCCCGUCGCCUCCCCCUUCACCUCCCCCUCCCCCGAACCCACCGCCGUUGCCACCCCCACCGCAAGUGUGCUGGUGGAAUAAUAACAAAUGGGUGUGCCCUCCAGGCCAAGUUUCUCCAGGCUGGGUACCUUGAGCAUUCUGCUUUUGAGUCGACUCAAACCAAGUUGCACCAGGUUGGGUACCUUGGGAGAGCAUAACAUGAAGAGCAGGAUCAAACUUUUCUCUGGAUGAAACCAUUGACUUGAGACAGUCUCCACUUGAUCCGAUGCGUAGUCAUGCAUCUUCUCUGUUCCUCGUACAGUGAAAAAGAGAGUUCCAUUUUUUCCCACAUUU